AUGAAAGAGAAGUCCAAAAAUGCUGCCCGGACUAGACGGGAGAAAGAAAACAGUGAAUUUUAUGAACUGGCUAAAUUACUACCCCUGCCCUCCGCUAUCACCUCGCAGCUGGACAAAGCAUCCAUAAUCAGACUCACCACCAGCUAUUUAAAAAUGAGGGUGGUUUUUCCAGAAGGACUUGGAGAAGCCUGGGGGCACUCUAGCCGAACCAGCCCGCUGGAUAAUGUUGGACGGGAACUGGGAUCCCAUCUUUUGCAGACGUUGGACGGUUUCAUAUUUGUCGUGGCUCCGGAUGGCAAGAUCAUGUACAUCUCGGAGACCGCCUCGGUGCACCUGGGCUUGUCGCAGGUAGAGCUGACCGGCAAUAGCAUUUACGAGUACAUCCACCCCGCCGACCACGACGAGAUGACGGCGGUGCUCACGGCCCACCAGCCCUACCACUCGCACUUUGUGCAGGAGUACGAGAUCGAGAGGUCCUUUUUCCUGAGGAUGAAGUGCGUCCUGGCCAAGAGGAACGCGGGCCUGACCUGCGGGGGCUACAAGGUCAUUCACUGCAGCGGGUACCUGAAGAUCCGCCAGUACAGCCUGGACAUGUCCCCCUUCGACGGCUGCUACCAAAACGUCGGCUUGGUCGCCGUGGGCCACUCGCUGCCGCCCAGCGCCGUGACGGAGAUCAAGCUCCACAGCAAUAUGUUCAUGUUUCGGGCCAGCCUAGACAUGAAGCUCAUAUUUUUAGAUUCCAGGGUAGCUGAGCUAACAGGUUACGAGCCCCAGGACUUGAUAGAGAAGACCCUUUACCACCACGUCCACGGCUGUGACACCUUCCACCUGCGAUGCGCGCAUCACUUGUUGCUGGUGAAAGGGCAAGUGACCACCAAGUACUACCGCUUCCUGGCCAAGCACGGCGGCUGGGGGGGGGGGGAGAGCCACGCCACCAUCGGGGAACACACCGGCUGCUCAGCGGGGCCUCGGGACGCCCUGCCGGCGGCGGAAAAAAAACCCCCGCGGCGCCGCGGCCCCCCGGCCGCGCUCCGGCGGGAUGUCCCCGCCGCCCGGCAGCGGGGCUCGGGGAGCCCCGGCGCUCACCGCCCCCCCAAAACGGCGCCGCAGGGGAGCCGGCUUCCCCCUGAGGAGCGGUACCCAAGCAGCGCGAUUCCUCCCCCUCAGCUGAGUUUUCGUUGGCGGCAGCGUCCUUAUAUUUUCGUGCAUUAUAAAUCCUAUAUCUACUGCAGUUCCUUAAGGAUGAUAUUGGAUUAUUCCAGUAAACCAAGAGCAGCUGAGAUGUGUGUGUGUGUGUGUGUGUGUGUGCUGCGGGUUCCUCCCAGACUUCACCCACCCGGGACCGGGUGCGUGGCAGAGCCGCUGGUGCGGCGGCCGUUCCUGGCAGAGGCACAGGUCUGCCCGCUGCAGCCUCCUCCUGUUAGAAACCCGGCUAGGAAAAAAAGUGCUUACGGGAAGAGAAAGCCAAACCUUUGCCUAUCGACUCUCGUGUCUGGAAGCCGAGGAGAAAGCAGAAGAGGUGCAAACUGGGAUACUGAAUAUAAAGGACUACAGCUCUCCCUGGAUCAGGUCACUGCUACCAAGCCGGCAUUCUCAUACGCAAAUUCAACUCCGACCAUAACGGAUAAUAGAAAGGGAAGCAAAUCUCGCCUCUCGAGCGCAAAGUCAAAAUCAAGGACAUCACCAUACCCACAGUAUUCUGGAUUUCACACUGAGAGAUCUGAGUCUGAUCACGAGAGCCAGUGGGGUGGGAGCCCCCUGACCGAUACAGCUUCUCCGCAGCUAUUGGAGUCCGUAGAGAGACCGAGCUCCCAGCACCACGAUGUCUCCUGUGCCUACAGACAGUACUCAGACCGCAGUGCUCUCUGCUACGGUUUUGCACUUGACCACUCCAGGCUGACCGAUGACAGACAUUUCCAUACUCAGGCCUGUGAAGGAGGCAGAUGCGAAGCUGGCCGGUAUUUCCUUGGCACUCCGCAGCCAGGAAGGGAGAGCUGGUGGGGUUCUCGUUCAGCAUUGCCCCUGACUAAGUCGUCCCCUGAGAGCAGAGAGGCGUAUGAAAACAGUAUGCCCCACAUAACGUCAGUGCACAGGAUUCAUGGGAGAGGACACUGGGACGAGGACAGUGUUGUUAGCUCACCUGACCCUGGCUCUGCCAGUGAAUCAGGUGACCGAUACCGUACUGAGCAAUAUCAGAGCAGUCCGCAUGAGCCCAGCAAAAUUGAAACUCUAAUAAGAGCCACCCAGCAAAUGAUUAAAGAGGAAGAGAACAGACUACAGCUGCGGAAAACAACCCCUGAUCCACUGGUCUCCAUUAAUGGCACAGGGAAGAAGCACGCUAUCUGUUUUGCAAACUACCCUCAGCAGCAGUUGGCAGGGGAUGUCUGCCGCGUCCCGACGGUUGCCAACACUCCUCCCUGUGAACACAUCCAGCAACAAGAUGGAAAGAUUAUGAGCCCACACGAAAAUGACUAUGACAACAGCCCCACAGCACUGUCUAGGAUAAGCAGCCCCAGUUCUGACCGAAUAUCAAAAUCUAGUUUGGUACUAGGUAAAGACUACCUGCAUUCAGACAUGUCCCCUCAUCAAACCCCAGGGGACCACGCAGCAGCCUCUCCAAAUUAUUACAGCUCCCACAGGCAGUACUUUGAUAAGCAUGCUUACACAUUAACUGGAUAUGCCCUGGAGCAUCUAUAUGACACUGAAACCAUUAGAAACUAUUCACUAGGCUGUAAUGGAUCACACUUUGAUGUGACUUCUCACUUAAGGAUGCAGCAAGAUCCAGCACAAGGACACAAGGGAACAUCUGUUAUAAUAACCAAUGGAAGCUGA